UGGAUCUCUUGCAGGAAGCGAUCGGGACAGUUCAUGCUUGGUGAUUGUGCGGCAUGUUAGUCUAAAGCGGAGUCUGUUUUCUCCCGAUCUGUGCUAAAUGUCACAAACGGCAGAUUUUUGAAUGGAACACAACAAGGUUUGUCUCUUUGUUGUGAUAUGUCUCACCGUCGCCGGGCUGGAAGCGCAGCAGCCAGAUGACGGAGGAGGCUGGUCACGUCCUUCAGAUUUCAGGCUACAAGAUGAAGGUCCUUGUAACAUCGACGUGCUGGACAGCUCUUCACUCUCACAUCAGCAAUUCAUUGAAAGAUACGCAUACAGCAGACCCGUCAUCCUCAGAGGCCUCACCGACAACACGAAAUUCAGGCUGUUGUGCUCCAAGUCAAGCUUACUAGAAGAAUAUGGCUCCCGGAAAGUGAGGCUCAGUACAGCUAACACUUACUCUUACAAGAAAGUGGACGUCCCAUUCAAGGAGUAUGUGGAUGAGUUCCUGAGGCCUCAGUCCGUGGACUCCCUCGGCAGCGACACGCUGUACUUCUUCGGAGACAACAACUUCACCGAGUGGCACGGCCUGUUCGAGCAGUACGAGUCCCCACCGUACGUCCUGCCUCUCACCAGCGGAGCGUACAGCUUCGGGAUCGCAGGUCCUGGAACAGGAGUCCCCUUCCACUGGCAUGGUCCUGGGUACUCGGAGGUCAUCUAUGGAAGAAAGCGCUGGUUUCUGUACCCGCCUGAUAAGGAGCCUCACUUCCACCCAAACCGCACCACCCUGUCCUGGCUGACAGAAACCUACCCCAACCUGCCCGAGGACGAGGCUCCGCUGGAGUGCACCAUCAGACCUGGAGAGGUGCUGUACUUCCCUGAUCGCUGGUGGCACGCCACUCUCAACCUGGACACCAGCGUUUUCAUCUCCACUUUCCUCGGCUGAGCUUCACCUUCAGCUCUACAGUAUUUUCUAAGGAGUCCAUCAUCACUUCUUUUUUUUUUUUUUUUUUGAAUCAGAGCUUGUCUUCCUGGGCGGACAGACAAGAAGGACAACAGGCUCAAAUGCUGACUCAAAUGAAGGACUUUGACUUUUCCAGGGGGAACAGCAAACUUUGAUUUUAUGACCACACGAGUGAUUCCAGGAACAAAGGAGAACCAGAUUCUUUCUUUUGUUCUUAUGUGCAGAUUUUACACUUUUAAAUGAAACCAUCCAAUAAAAGUAAUAAUUAAAUGGUUUAUAUAAAAUCCACAGCAGCACAAACAAAAGGGAAAUUAUUCAUAAACUCAUCAAUGCACAGAUCAA